AUGGCUAACCCAAACAACAAUUGCGGCUUCGCUCGAUUCCUUUCAUCUUCUCCGGCUCUGAGACGUUACGGCUUCGCUCUCGCGCUCGAUUUCGUUUGUCUUCCACGCUUCUUCUCCGGGUCUGAAACGCAUCUCACGCUCUGCGGCUCCUUUUCGGCCUGUCUCGCAUCUCUGCGACUCGUCUCACGUCUUUCCUCUGCGGCUCUCUCUCGCAGUGCUCUUUCGAAUCACUUCGUGACUGGCCAAGGACCGGACCGCACAAGGACUCAUCACCUGCACAAACAAAAGGAUUGGCAAGCUGGCGAUCCUCGUGCUCCACAAAAACGAGAUCCGCACCCUUCAUUGGAAUCCAAUCGAACGCUCCAUAUUUACAUCCGCUGCAUCCCAAAAUUUCGAACUAAUCAGCUUGCGCUCUUCUCCAAUCUCAUCCACCUCUACUUCCUCUUCAACAGAACCCUAGACCUAAAGUUUCACUCCCGAAUUCCUCCGUUCUUCAGCUUCAUGGCGAGGAAAAAGAUAACUGCUCGAAUGUAUACAGCCGGCAAGGCUCCGCUCAAGCAACUGCAGGUUAAGAACGUAACAUGGUCUUCUCCGGCGACCGGCGGCGUCAAAGAAGCCCCACUGUUUCUGUACCGGAACCGUGGCUCUAAGAGAGAUCAGGAAAUACCAAAAGAGCACGAAGUUUCUCAUCCGCAAGAUUCCAUUUCAGAGGUUGUGCGUGAAAUCGCACAGGACUUAAAGACUGACCUCUGCGGUGAAACGGCUUAAGUGAUUUUAAGUUUAGUUAUUCUACCUUCUAGAUUUAGUUUGGGGUUUAUGCUUUAAUCGAUUAAGAAAUGCGUACGUUAGAUCUUUUUUUUUUUAAUUACCUUUUUCUUUCUUUCUGGUUGAAACGUAACAAACCUUAUUUGAAGGUAA